GAACAGAAAGUAUAUACAGCUUCAGGUUACAGGCGGAAAAGCUUCUAUUAUAGACGUUUUACUACUACGAACAUUAAUUCUUUAAAAAAAAUGCAGAGACAUAAAUCCCAUACCAUUACGGAUCAAAGACCAUCAGAUUCCUUCCAAUUAAUACAUAUCCAAUUUUAAAAGAGGUAGCAGCAGGUGAAUCAAGUAAAUCAUAAAUAAAGUUGCUGCAAAGCACAGGGAACACAAAUAAUGCAGUUUUAACCCGUCUGUUAAUUGGCGAGGACAACUUUGUUUAGUCUAAAAUUCAGUUGAAAGCUAAUAAUUUCUAAUAAUUGUUGAAACAUCAAAAUGGUGCAAUUAUUAUUAUUUUAAUGUUCAAAUGUGUAUACAAAGCUGUACGUUCAAAAAAUGCAAUGGCGCCAUCUAUAAUAUUGUAAUGAAAAAACGGAAACAUAAACAAACUGAAUUCGUUUACAGCAUGCAGAAAGGAAUUAAUUAUUUUAGAAAUUUGAUCAGUCGUAACUCAGGUAAAUAGAUGGAACCUGAAAGAUCAGAGGUCAUACUUUGCUCACCGGAUACAAAGGCGGAUGUAGGAGAAUCUCAGGAACUGGGAAGAUAUGAACAAUUUGCAAAUGAGAGGAAUAUUUCCACGACCUCACACCAACCAGGUUUACUCCUGAUAAAUGGCUCCAUCCACGAUCCAACCAAUGAUAACAACAACAGUAUUCUAAACCAUAGUACCUCAGUUACUGCCAAACCCUUGGACUUAUCCACCUCCACUGUAAUGGACUCUUCCAUUGUGCUCGCAUCUUCCAGUGUUCUUGGAGAACUGCAAACAUCAACAACCUCUGCAUUCAAACUGGAUCAUAGUAACAUGAUUUCUUUUAAAUCUGCUGAUCAAGAUGACACCCCUGUUACAACAAUGGUACAGCUCUCAGAACCAUCCAAUCUAGUUCCCAAUAGCAUUAUGCAGGAUGGUACAACCCAGCUGACCAUCACCACAGCGACAGGCUUACCAAUUCCAGCGCGGAUGGCGCAGACCCAUAAUCAGGUGGUUGAUGUUCUAAGCUGUGAUUGGCUGAAUUGCUUCCUAAAGUUUACGACUCAAGAAGAGUUGGUGAACCACGUAAACCGAAGCCACAUUCUCCUGGAUGAUGGCACAGGGUAUUGUUGCCGGUGGAUUGGCUGCACUAGAAAUGGCAAAGGAUUCAACGCUAAGUACAAGAUGCGCAUUCAUGUGCGAUCACAUACAAACGAAAAGCCACAUCAAUGUCACAUUUGCAAGAAAUGUUUCUCACGUUCGGAAAACCUCAAGAUCCACAAACGAUCACAUACAGGAGAGAAGCCUUAUGCGUGUCCAGUAGAAGGUUGUAACAAACGCUACUCCAACUCCAGUGAUCGAUUUAAACAUACCAGGACGCACGUUGAAGAUAAACCGUAUGUUUGCAAAGCACCGGACUGCAACAAACGCUACACAGAUCCAAGCUCGCUACGUAAACAUGCACGUUCUCAUAGUCACUAUGUUUCUAAGCCAGAAAACCCAUCGUCAAAGCCAGUUAAAGCUGUUAUACCGCAUACGGACGUUAUGUUACCAGACCAGCUCGUGGUCUGCCCAGUGCUACCAACGAGGACCUCACCGGUUUUACCACCGGUGUUUGGUUUCUCACACCAGUACCUUCCAGUUCCGCAAAUGUUAUCCGCAGUACAAGCAAAUUCUUUCGGUGUCAAGCCCAUCCUCAACAGUGUUGUUGAUUCAAGCAGGACGCAUGAUUUACUUUUCAAAGCGCAGGUAUUGACUGCAUCAGAUGACGCAUUAACUCAUGAAUCGAAGAAUCAUCUUGUAAAGAAAGAGAACGCUUCUUUAUUAACUCUUGUCACAAAAGAUCACUUAUUCAUGAAUCAAGAUCAACUCAACACAGAGGUAUCGCAACACUCAGCUUUGACCACAGCGCAAAAUUCAUCCUUAUCCACAGCGAUAUCAACAUAGAUAUACUGGAUUUUAUAAUAACUUGAUAAACAUGGUGCAAUUCUAAGAUUUUUUUCUAUUUCUCCAGUUUGAUACAAUUAUAUAGAUAUAAUUAGUCUUUUAUGUAAUUAGUCAUCCGUCUUUUAUAUGUAACAUAAUUUAAUAUAGUUUUUUAAAUACAAAUGGCCAGAAAUUUUCUUGUACAGUAAUAUAAUUUGUAGGAUUUUUCAUAUUUUGAAAUCAUCAUCUUGAUUCUAAGCUAGUACCUCUGAUUUCCAAAAUUGCCUCUCAAGCUCUGGAGAAGAGGUAGAACAGGCUGAUUGAGGGCAGCCUACUACAAUCUGUAGUGGGGAUCAUCAUAACACGUCGUUGGCUACCAGCGACGAGUAUACUCAUCCCACAGGAUAUUGCUAAGGGGUAACAUUCUAGCGUUUAUGACUUCUUUGUUAUAUAUUGUAGAACCACAGACUUAAUGGCUAGAAGUUCGAGGAACAUGCAGUACACAUAGACGGUAGCGUACGAAUAACGGAUGUAUGUUUGUUGGUUAUCUUGCCGCAGUACACUCGAUUGCAUGAGUGGGGGUGCCUGCUUAACAUAUAGCGCAACCCAUGCAAAAAGUGGAUGAUAAAACUCGCACUUGCAACAGAAAAUAAAAAAUGCUGUCCCACUGCCGGCCACGAGUUUACUCGUCCCGCAAUAUUUUCCCGCCAAUUUUGUUUGUGAGAGCUAAUAAGAAACCUAGUACUUAUACACAGAACAUUGCUAAAUCCACCAACUAGCUGCUUGAGUGAUAUUGCAGCCUGGCCAUUUCUUUAUGACAUACAACUUCUAUUCUUGUAUUGUAAACUAGAGAAAUAAGGGGUCCAAGUAUUUUGAUUCAUAUUAGCUUUUCAACAAAAAGGAUAUUUGUCAUCAGGUAAAUGAAUCAAGAAUUAAUAACAAUUGUUGUUCUAAUAAAAUUGUGAUCAUGGUUAUUAUUCAAAUUUUCUAGUGUCUAGAAAAGUAAGAUCUAGAAAAGUCAGACAUAAGAUAUCUUACUUUUCUAGAUCUUGAAUUGAUUUUUUAAUAGAAUAGAAUUUGAAUAAUUAAUUUCUGAUAAUUUUUUAAAUAUUUUUUUACAUGAAAUAGACAAACAAAUUGUGUACUGGUAUAAUAGUUACAAUUAGAUUACUAACUUUAGCAAAAUGCCAGAGAUUUGCCAAAAAAAAAAUGUUAUGUUGGUGUAACAGGCCCCAAAAAAUAGGGUGGAUAGAUUUUUUUUUGUUCACUACCACCACUCACCCACUCGCAUCACAUGUCCUUAAACAUCCUGAGCUGUAUGCCCUAUGAUUGGCUGUCUGCAUAAUACUCUCCUGUGCUUUUAUCCCUUUUCUUCAUUUCUUUAUUUCAUGAUACAUCCAACAGCCAAAGGCCAAUAACAGGAUGUCUUAUAUAAAAUGAAUAUGUUAAAAUACAUUUUUUGAAUCACUACAUGUAAUAUUGAUAUUUAGAAUAACAUAUCUUUAGAGAACUCAUCAGAAGUUUUAAUGAUCCUAACUGAUCUGAGUUUAUAAACAAUGCAAGUUCUCAUUUUGUAAACAAAUACUGAACUUGUUUUUUAAUUAAUAUAAACACCUUGAAAAUAUGCCUUAUUUGUAGAUAUCAACAGUUAACAUAACCUGACUGAGUGAUAAGAUGGUUGAUAUUAAAUUAGUGUAUUUAU